GGUUAACACGGGAUGCUCGGGUAAAUUCGUUUCCCCCUCUCCUUUUAUCUUCUCCCUCCCUAAUUUAUUGCGUAUGUAUUUAAGUUCUAGUGUUGUAAUCUUGAAAUUGAAAACAACGCUCGGAAAAACGAACAGGCUGAUUUUUUUAAACCGCUAAUUAAUAUUUUGCUAUUUGCAAACGAAUAUUAAUAAAUUGUGUUAAUAUUAUAAAUUAUAUCAUAUUACAUUGUAUUAAUAAUGUUAUUAAUUUAUUAGUAUUAUAUUGUAUUCUGUUAAUGUGAAUAUUCAUUAAUUUUGAUAUUUAUCCAUAAAAGCAUAAAAACACUUGAUAAAUAUUUUUAUAAGGUAAAAAAAUUAAAUUAACAACGCUGAAUUUACGUCAAUUUCGACUUCAUUUUCUUCAUUUUAUUUCUUUUUUUAUAUUUGUCGCACGACCAAUACAAAUAGCGUUGGUGCUGUUUAUUUCAAAAUCUUUCACUUUAAUAUUCACUUAAAUAUUCACUUAAAUAUUCGAAUCUUAUGAAAUCAAACUUCGAAGUUCUAUUUUUGUAAUAUAAUAUUAUGUUUUUCACAUAUAAACUGUGAAUUAUACUCAUACAUGAGUAUCGUAAAAAAUAAAUAAAUAUCUGUGCUGAAUCACGAUGUAAAUGUACAUCGUACAUAUGUAGUUCAUUGCCCAUCAAGUCGCGUAACUAGAAGAUUAAAGUUACGUAUGCGACGUAGUUUUAUAAAUAUGUAUUAGAAAAUAACUGGAGUAGCUACAGUUUUUGAUACUGCGAUACAUUCGUUUUGAAUGUGUCACGACCUUUUUAACAUUAUCAACGAUGAGUUACUAGUUUUAAUGACUUUCAGUUUUGUGAAUUUGCUUAGUUCAUAAAUCGUUUGAUUGAGGGAAAAGAUGGUACCGCUUUGGAGGUUAUGUGCGAGAGGCAUCAGCUCGCAAAGAAUCGGAUUCCGGAGGUCAACGGUCGCGUAUGGAGAGUUGUUCUACGCGUGUUUAACGCCGGCAAUCAAGUUUAACAGAAAAGCUCCUGUAUUUUCGAUUUUAAGAUCCCGAGCGACGAAUGCCGUAAAUACUAAAAGCUUGGAGCCUACGACACGAUCCAUCAGAUCGAAGAGGAGAAAAACGUCGGAAUUAAAGAAUUUGAUUGUCCUGGCGGUACCUGAGAAACGGAGGUUGUUCGGCGCGAUUGUCUUCUUGUUAAUUUCGUCUACCAUAACGAUGGCAGUACCGUUUUCUUUAGGGAAACUAAUCGACACUAUCUACGCGAGCGACAAAGAAAACAUGAAAGACAAUCUCAAUCGAUUGUGCAUUAUAUUGCUCGGGAUAUUUGUCACCGGGGCUCUGUGCAAUUUCUGCAGGAUAUAUUUGAUGUCUACUGCCGGGCACAGGAUUACACAGUCUCUGCGAAAACAGUUAUACGCUGCUAUUCUUCGGCAGGAAAUAGCAGUUUUCGACAAAUGCAACACAGGGGAAUUUGUUGGCCGAUUAUCUGGUGACACACAACUUGUUAGCCAAGCAUUGACAAGCAAUAUAUCAGAUGGAUUACGUUCCACUUUCAUGAGUAUUUGUGGAAUAUCUAUGAUGCUCUAUGCUUCGCCUAAGCUGGCUAUAGUUAGUCUAACUAUUGUCCCACCAAUGGCAGGUUUAGCCAUAGUGUGGGGCCGCUAUUUAAAGAAGAUCUCCAAAGACAUGCAAAACAAUUUAGCGGAACUGAAUACAAUCGCCGAAGAGAGAAUUAGCAACAUAAGAACAGUGAAAGCUUUCUCAAAAGAAACAAAAGAAUCCGACCAUUACAAUUUCCAACUGGACAAUGUGCUCAAAAUUUGUUACAAAGAAAGUUUAUACAGAGGAGUAUUCUUUGGACUAACUGGUUUCUCUGGAAACGUGAUCAUCCUGUCUGUUUUGUACUAUGGCGGAGCUAUGGUUUCUGAUUUCUCCCUUACAAUCGGAAGUUUAAGCGCAUUCUUAAUGUACGCCGCGUACGUUGCAAUUUCUUUAAAUGGCUUGUCUUCGUUUUAUAGCGAUUUGAACAAAGCAUUGGGUGCAAAUAUGCGUUUAGUCGAAUUGAUCGAAAGAGAGCCGGCAAUACCAGUUCAAGGUGGUAAAAUUCUGGAAAAGCAGUUGUCAGGUGAUAUUGAAUUUCAAAAUGUCAGUUUCGCUUAUCCUACAAGAGGGAAUACAUGGGUUUUGAAAAAUUUCAGUUUAAAAAUCCCACCAUGUACGGUAAUUGCUAUCGUUGGAGCAUCAGGUUCUGGAAAGUCCACAAUAGCUUCACUCUUGUUGAGACUUUAUGAUCCCAAUUUAGGAUCUGUACUUUUAGACAAUAAUGAUCUUCAGUCUCUGGACCCAGUAUGGGUGAGAUCACAAAUUGGUAUUGUUUCUCAGGAACCUACACUCUUUAGUGGUACAAUAAGAGAAAAUAUAUUAUAUGGAGCAAUGGAUUCUGUGAAAUACGAUGUAGAAAAAGUUGCAAGACAUGCGCAUGUUUUAGAAUUUACAAAAAACAUGCCAGAUGGUUUAGACACAGUAGUUGGAGAACGGGGUAUUACCCUCAGUGGUGGACAAAGACAAAGAGUUGCUAUUGCUAGGGCUUUGAUAAAGGAGCCUAAAAUCUUAAUCCUGGACGAAGCCACGAGUGCAUUAGAUGCGGAGAGUGAACAUUAUGUACAAAAAGCUUUGGAAAAGGCUGUUCAAGGGCGGACAGUUCUAACCAUAGCUCACAGAUUAAGCACAAUAAAAAAUGCAGAUAAAGUCAUUGUUUUAAAAGAGGGACAAGUAACAGAAACUGGAACUUACAAAGAACUUGUGAACUUAAAAGAUAGUUACUUUCAUAAAUUAGUUCAACAUCAAACCUUUGCUUAAAUUUUAGAAUUUAGACCACCAAUCGUAUUGACGAUUGAUUAAUUAUUGAAUUAAUGGUUGAUGUAUUUAAAAAAUUGUAUAUAUAAAUUGUUCAAUGAACCAGAAAGGUUUAAAAAAAACACAAAUUAAAAAAUAUCUGAUAAUAUAUAAAAAUAAUGUACAGAGGUCAGUGAAAAUAUCAUUUGUAAUAAAUAAUUAAUAAAUUUAUUGAUUUAAUUUCUGAUAUACAAUGUUUUAUUCUGUAAUUAUGGUUUUCAAGUAUUCAUCUAUAUCAUGUGCUAUUUUCAUAUGAAAUCUUGGAAGUGUUAUAAUUAAUGAAAUAAAUAAUUUUUGCAAAAACUGGUUUCACCAAAGACAAAUUUAAAAUUUUAGAAGUGAAAUCUGAUACAUAUGUUAUGUUCAAUCAAUUUGUGAAAUACAUAAACACUUAUUACAAGCUGUGAUUUGAUAUAGAAAUCACAGAAUUAAAUCUUUUUUAAUUUAAGGAGUAAGUCAGGUAUUGUAAAUAAUUGCAAUUUGGUAAUAAUUUUUAAUAUAUUUUCUAUAAAAUAAUAUACACUGCUAUUUUAAGUUAUAUGAAUGUCUUAUAUCAUUGACCUAAGUUGUCUUUAAAUUAAUGUACUGUUAUAAUUAUUUUUAAGAUGAACUAUCUCUAGGUUUGUGUCUGCAUAAAAAUAUUCAAUAAAAACAUAUGACCAGAAGCAAAUAUAAUUAAACUAGGCUGAUCUUUAAAUUACUCAAGCCUAUUUAAUAGAAUCUCCCUUUCAGGGGAAAAGAGAGUUGCCAUGUUUCUACUUUUUUGCUAUUAUAUUCUAUUGGAAAAUAAAGCAAGACAUAAAAAGAGCAAGACUAUUCCUUCUUCUAACUAGAAAAAACAAACUUUAUAUCCUUCUUUAUCUCAGAGAUGUGUAUGAUAAAAUCAUUGUUUUUUUAUCAAUUAUAACCUGAACCAUUGUAUGGAAUUAAUGAUUAAUACAAUUCAUAAAUUUCAGUCAUCAUAAGUAUUAAUUUUAAAAACGAAGUAAUGUUUUAUAUUGUCAAUUAUUUCACAAUUAAUCAAAUUUUAAGAUAUCUGUUUGCAUAAAAUCAGUAAUUAAUUUAAUUCACAAUGGUUGGAUCUAUGCUCCUUAUUUUUUUCAGUAAAAUACGUAAAGCAUCAGAAUGUAUGUUUAAAAUGCUUCUCUGUUUAUAUCACAUGUUAUAUUUGUUACAAGCCAUGUAAAAACUUCAUAUGCUUCAGUUAUAAACACAGCCACGUUCUACAUAGAAACUUUGUCUGCAUAAAUUUAUUGUGAAAUUUGUUUAUAAACUAAUUUGAGAUAAAAUCCAAACCAUGGUCAAAACUGGUCAUUAAUAUUACAAUGUUCUGGAAAUAGGCAGUGUUUUGCUUUCUACAGAAGCUUAAAAGUUCAAGGUAACAAGUCUCUGUACAAUACCAAAAUUUACCCGAUUUAAUGGUAAUUACGUAGUUAAUGAAACAGUAAACAACAGAUGCUUAGAGAAUUCCUUGUAAAUCUUACAAUAUGUCUUAUAUAUCAAAUCACUUAGGGGGAUUCAUAUACAAAUUAUGUUCGAAUUACAAUAAAAAUUUUUCUAGUAUAAAGUACUUCUUCUUUAUGUUUUCUGCUAUAAUAAGAAUCAAAUAUUAAAAAAAAAAAAAAAA